AUAUGGAGCAUCUGCUAAAUAGAUGAUACACGUCGGUUAUCGUGUUUAGUUGCUUCCAGCUUCCCGAUGGAAGCAAGUCGGUCCUAGGAAACUACCUGGUUUGCACUGGGGGAAAUCGGUUGUUUCGAUCCUGCCGCACAAAAGAAAACUUUUCUCAAUGAAACGACGGGCGCUGAUCGCGAUACUUCUCGUAACCCAAGUGCUACUGCUGCUGGAUCAGGUGAGCGCCGUGAGAAAUCGACCGAGGAAGCAACGAUCCAGACUCGAAGACCAGACGCACCAAGCUGGCAACGAAUACGAUUAUGAAUACAACUACGAGAAUUAUGACGAGUACGAUGAAAAGAAUGAGACGACAACGCCGUCAUCGUCUGUUACACAGUCAAGCACACGACACCCGGGAUGGUCGGAAUUACCAAUAGAAAGUACAGCAUCCUCGUACAAACCGGAAGCAUCUACAGACUCAGUUCUCACGACUCGAUCUUAUGAUAAUUUGGUUCCACAAACUAAUGUCACAUCUAUACCGGAAGCAUUAUCUACCGAAAUUUUGCCAGGUGAAAGUAAUCUAUACGGUUCUAUAGCUUUUCCUGGUCUACGAGGAGAACCUGGUCGACCUGGAGAUAUUGGCCGCCCGGGUGACUCAGGAUUUCCCGGACAACCUGGAACUCCUGGAAUUCCAGGACCACCUGGGCCUCCAGGACCAGUACCUGAUGUAUCUAUGUAUUAUCAACAAUUAGCUUUGUCUCAAGCAAAUCAAGAUAAAGGACCGACAGGUGCAGCUGCGCCACUGUAUGGACCGGAAGCAUUUGCUUAUAUGAAUGCUCAGAUAGGUCCAACGGGUCCGCGAGGUCCUCCGGGUCCACCUGGACCUUCUGGUCCUCAGGGUUUUCAAGGUGCACGCGGUGAACCUGGCGAACCGGGAUCUCCAGGCCCACCUGGCGAACAAGGUCCAAGAGGUUUAGCAGGACUGCCAGGAAAAGAUGGCACCGCUGGAGAAGAUGGUGAAACCGGUGCUCCGGGAUCACCAGGACCCGCGGGACAACGUGGUCCUCCAGGAAUGCCUGGACUUCCAGGGAUGAAAGGCCAUCGUGGUUAUCCAGGUCUUGAUGGAGCAAAAGGUGAACAAGGAACUUCUGGGGAGAAAGGAUCUACAGGCGCACCAGGGCCAAUGGGUCAAAUGGGAUCAAUAGGUCCAGCAGGACCGCGCGGUGAAAGAGGAAGAGAAGGUCCACCGGGACCUUCUGGAUUGAGAGGUCUCGACGGAAUUGCCGGAUCGCCUGGGCAACCCGGUGUUGCGGGCAAACCUGGCGCACCAGGUUUUCCAGGUACUCCGGGAUCUAAAGGCGAUCAAGGAGUGCAAGGACCACCAGGAAGUCAGGGAUUGCAAGGACCGCGAGGUGAAAGUGGCCGUCCAGGACAACCUGGUGAAACAGGUCCGCAGGGUCCUCAAGGGAAAGACGGAGCUCCUGGUGAAAAAGGAGCUAUCGGUUUGCCAGGAUUAGUCGGUACGCCCGGAUUUCCAGGUGCUCGAGGUCAACCUGGCGUACCAGGCAAUCCUGGUAUUCCUGGGGUCAAAGGAGCACCCGGUCUUCCUGGUGAGAGGGGUUCUAAAGGUGAUUCCGGUGUAAAGGGAGAUGCAGGAAUGCCUGGUCCACGUGGAGUUCCAGGACCUCCUGGUAACGAAGGCAAAAGAGGCAAAAGAGGGAUACGCGGGCCACCAGGCGCUACAGGAUCACCUGGUGAACGCGGCCCAUCUGGAGUGCGAGGUCUUCCUGGAGCAGAUGGUCCUAUCGGACCGCAGGGACCACCCGGCGAUCGUGGUUCUCCCGGAGCUGUUGGGCCAAAGGGUGCUACUGGAGAUCUUGGACGACCUGGAUCACCAGGAUUACAAGGUAUACGUGGUUCAACAGGUAGGCCCGGAGCUCCUGGAAAACCGGGCAAUCCUGGCGAACGUGGAAUUCCUGGUGCAGAUGGUAAGCCUGGAGAACAAGGUCCGCCUGGAGUACAGGGUUUGCCGGGACCACUAGGACAACCAGGAGAAAGAGGCCCUCCCGGAGAAUUUGGAAAAGAUGGUGAACCUGGAAAUCCAGGACCUCAUGGUCCAAGAGGAGAUACUGGUAAGGAAGGAUCUCCGGGAAUACAAGGUCCACCGGGACCUCCGGGCAACAAUGGCGAACGAGGUCCUCCAGGUCCUGCUGGAAUCAGAGGUUUUCAAGGUCUUCCAGGCACCGCUGGUAAUCCAGGUAUUCCAGGCAAGGAUGGAGAACCUGGAGUGCAAGGAUCUCCUGGCCCACCGGGACCAGUUGGCAACAGAGGCGAGCGAGGGUUUCCAGGAGAGAGAGGACUUAUGGGAUCUCCAGGACCUGUGGGUCCGAGAGGAGAAUCUGGAGCGCAGGGAGCUGAUGGUCUUAUUGGUUUACCAGGAUCUAAAGGAGACAAAGGAAAUUCAGGUUCACCGGGAUUAUUAGGACUUCCAGGUGCGAGAGGAUUACCUGGAGAACCAGGAUCAAAAGGAGACAGGGGUGCGCCUGGACCAGUUGGUCCUGAAGGUCCAAUAGGACACGUCGGAGAUCGCGGUCCACAAGGAGAAGUUGGACCUUCUGGUCCUCCUGGAGAACCAGCGGAACGAGGUGAUCCUGGUUUACCCGGACCUGCUGGCGAGCCUGGAGCUCCCGGCAAUUCAGGAGAGAGAGGUGUUCAAGGGAUCCAGGGAUUGCAGGGUUUUCCAGGGCUACAAGGGUUAAUUGGCCUUCCUGGACUAAAAGGCGAUCGCGGAUAUCCGGGUUUAAAAGGAGAACAAGGAAGUCCGGGAUUUCCUGGCAUUCGUGGCGAAGUUGGGUUACCAGGUCCUGUCGGACUUACUGGUGCUAAAGGAACACGGGGCGAACCGGGUGCGCGAGGUGAACCUGGCUUAAUGGGACCGCCGGGUAUUGCAGGACACGUCGGCCCAUCGGGCCCGCCAGGAAAUGCGGGACCACCCGGCGCUUCAGGAUUGCCUGGUAUUAAGGGCAGUACAGGUGAUACCGGGCGUCCUGGAAAUCCAGGUGCAAUUGGUAAUCCCGGUUUCCCUGGAAUAGACGGAAAUAAAGGCGAAACCGGAUCUCCAGGUCCUCAAGGACCGACUGGUCCUCAAGGAACUCCAGGGCCGUCUGGCGAAAGAGGCUUGCCAGGUUUGCCUGGUUCUCCUGGUCCUGUAGGAAGUAGAGGAUUACGCGGAGCACCCGGUGAAACAGGACAACCUGGAAAACCGGGAGCAGAAGGUCCGCCUGGACCUCCUGGGUUAUUAGGUCCUCAUGGUCCUCCUGGUCCUAUAGGAGAAAUGGGACCAGAAGGAUCAGUUGGAAAACCAGGACCACCUGGAAUAGCAGGACGACCUGGAGACAAGGGACCACCUGGAGCACCUGGUGCAACAGGCCUGCCCGGUCCUUCUGGAUUGCAAGGACCACCUGGACCUACAGGACCAACUGGUCCUACUGGAGAACGUGGUUUAAAAGGCGAAACGGGACCACAGGGUGUCGAAGGUCCACAGGGGCCACGUGGAAAACCUGGUCUGCCGGGUGUUGAAGGCGGAAAAGGGGAUAAGGGACAGGAAGGACAACAAGGAGCUAAAGGACAUCGAGGAUUUACCGGUUUACAAGGAUUACCUGGAUCUCCUGGUUUACCGGGAGAAAAAGGUAUACCUGGUCCUCAAGGACCUCCUGGCAAAGACGGAGAACCAGGUAUCAGAGGUAAUCCUGGACGUGACGGAAAUCCAGGACCUAUAGGGCCUGCAGGAAAUCCCGGAUCGAGAGGUCCACCUGGAGAAGAAGGCCGCCACGGAUCGCCAGGUCUUCCAGGACCUCCAGGACCACCCGGUCCUCCUGGAGAUGUUGGUUUUGCUUACGAUGCUGCGUCUUUAGCAGCACUUAUGGGACAAGGUCAAACUAAAGGACCAGAUCCACUCGGAGACGAACCCCCGAGAAUAUUUAGCAAAGAUAUCACUGAAGAGGAACGAAGAGAAUUGCUUACAAAAGCAUAUGAAAAUCUUAAAUUAUCUUUCCAAAAAUUGAUAAAACCCGAUGGUGAAAAAAAUUCACCAGCCAAAACCUGUCGAGAUCUAUUUGUUGCCUAUCCAGAUAAAUCAUCUGGGCAAUAUUGGAUUGAUCCAAACGAAGGAGACAUUCGGGACGCAAUUUUGGUAUAUUGCGAUGCUGAAAAACGUGCAACAUGUAUUUUGCCGAAUCCUUCGCGUUCGCCGGAGAUCACUCAUAUAACCGAGCAACAAGAAACUUGGCUGAGCGAGAUUCAUGGCGGCAUGAAGAUUACGUACAAAGCGGACAGCAAUCAGAUCAGUUUUCUGCAACUGCUCUCGAAAAGUGCGCAACAGAAUAUCACGUAUUAUUGCAAGAACAGCGUCGCUUACUUCGAUUACGACCGGAAAACGUACAGAAGAGGCCUGAAGUUUUUGGCUUGGAACGAUGCUGAACUAACACCUCGAGGCAAUCAGCGUUUUCAGUACGAGAUGAUAGUUGACGGAUGUAGCCAUCAUCAGAGCCAGUGGGAUAAAACAAUUCUUUUAUACGAAACGGAUAAACCCACAAGACUUCCUAUCUUAGACGUGGCGUUGCGAGACAUCGGGACAUCUGAACAGAGUUUCUCCGUCGAGAUCGGCGCAGCUUGUUAUCAAUAAUAUGCUGUAUUUGCUUUAUUGCGACUGUUAUCUACGAGAAAACGAUGUCAUCCGAAAAGUAUUAUUAUUUCUGUAC